GCCCAGCGCUCUUGUUCGAAAGAUACACUGCCGUGGGCAAGCCACCGUCCCGCUAUUUCGCAUGCUCCGCAUUCCGGGAUAGAAAGUUGUGUCCCUUCUAUCGCACUGAAGAUGACGUGAGGCGGAAAGAACGGAAACGCAUACGCGAAGGCCUGUCUGAUACGUUACCAGCAAAGCCGGUCUCAUCGCGAAGCGGGAAAGAACACCGGGCUCUAUUACAGGAAGCACGCACCUUGUUGGGGUCGGUACAAAAUCCCAUAAGUGGAUCAGAUAGUGGGAAAACAAAGCGGAAACACGCCCAAAAAGAAAACUCAAAGAAUAGAGGUGUUCGAUUUUGCCCUAGUUGUGCGUGUUUGGUAACCCCAAGAAGCCUGCGGAAUCAUGCCGAUCACAAAGACGUCGUUGCGAAGCAACCGUCGCUAACUCUGCAUGAUUUGGAGGUGCCUACGGAGCAUCUGAGAGCUCUGGACAACGACCAAUCGAAUGCGCAGUACUUUUUUGCCAAAGAAACGGCAACACAUAUGGUGUCAGAAUUCAGGAGAUUGGGUUACCGGAAUAUACUUUGUAUAGGCACUCCUCGCCUUCACGAGAUGUUCAUCAAGAAUGGUUCAGCAGUACAAACGCCUCCUACUACCACGCCGAAGGGGCCUGUGUCGCCAAAUAAAACGAACCCAUCUGGGACUUCAUGUACAGAGAAGGACAAGAGUAAACAUAAGACUGGUACGCACACAACCGCACAGAUAGUGAAUGAUGACAGUGUUCACGAACCACAAGCAACUGCGAGUGAGAUGACUCAAAAGGCUGUUGAUGAACCAGUGACUUUUAGUGAACGGGAAAGAUACCUACACAUGCUCAGGCGUUGUGAUGCAGUUGUGAUUGAUCCUCCGUUUGCGAUGCUACCGGAAGUGCUUGCGACUUGUGUUAGGCGAGUACAGGCGGAUUGGCUGUGUGUGAAAGAUGGGCUUAUUUCCACACGUGAGAAAAUAGGGGAUAGCCCUCAUUCCACAUGUGAGAACUCAAGGGAUACUUCAGGAGCGGAGAGGUUGAUAAAAGUGCCGAAGACAAAUGAACAACUACAGAUACAACCACAUUCACAGACACACAUGUCCACCCAACCACACGAAAAAACCUUAAACCCUAAACCACCAAGUCUACCUACUUACCUUAUCAUGCCGUACUUCAUGGAACCUAAACUACACGCUGAACUACCUGAACUUCGCAUGCACGACUAUCGCGUACAGUACGACAACCACAGCACUUACAAGACACGCCAUACCGGUACGUCCCGUAUUGUACGCGACUCGCCCGUGCGGCUAUACACAAACGUACCGCUCAAACUGUGGGUGCCAUCUCCGGCGGAAGACUAUAGAUUCUGCUCAGCCUGUGACCGGUACGUGGCACUGGUCAAUGCACACUGUGCGAAGUGUUCGGACUGUACCACCAAGCACGGACCCACUACCAACACCCACUGCGACAAGUGUCAAAAAUGUGUCACCGCUGGAUCGGUGCACUGUGACACGUGCAUGUUCUGCGUGGCACCGAGUUUGAAGCACGUGUGUGAGGUGAAGGGCAAGCAGAAGCCUUCCGGUAUGGGAAAAACGAGAGCUCUGCCAGGUCAGUGUCACAUAUGUGGAAAGACCAGUCACAAACGAAAAGAUUGUCCUAAGCGGCGAAAAGCGGAAUAGGAAUCACCACUUUAAAAACUUUUUCGGGCAAUAGAUCAGGGGGGGGGGGGUUUAUAUCUCUCUCUAGAGAGAGACAUGCUAACAUGCUUUAAAGCAA